AUGCCCGGGGAACUCUAUACGCGAUGGGUUCCUCCGUCCAAACCCAUGGCCUCCAUUACAUCCACUCCGAGCAAAGCAAAACAAGAAAGAUCAAGUCCAAAUGCGACACUCAUUACCAAAACUCCGGAUGACGAGCUUGAAGAAGAGACGAGUUCUUCGAGUUCAGAGGCCUCCGACGAAGAUGAUCAGGACGAAAGGAGUACUACGCCAGAGCCUGCCCCACGAGCGAAAAAGCGCAAGAGAGGUUCCGACGUUCAGGUUGCGGCAGACGAGGUUGACCCAAGUUUAAAGAAACAUCGAUCAAUCUUGUCCAAAUUCGAGAAAUCUAUGAAGUUAUCUGCUCAGGAGAGUGCCAACAACAAGAACAAGGAUGCCGAAGAGGAAGAGGCGCCAGCCGAAGAGUUACAUGAUCUGGUACCACUCCUACAACCAGCUCCCGUGCCUGACGCUCCCUUCAAACCCACGUUUUCGACCCUCCCAACGUGGCUUGCCAAACCCAUCACCGUGAGCUCGACGAAAGCUGCGCCGUUUGCUAGUUUAGGUGUUGACGAAGUAAUGCUGGUCAAAUUGAAGAAACAAGGUUACGAAAACGCAUUGGCUGUUCAAUCCGCUUUGGUACCAAUGCUACAACCCGGAUUUGAGCAACACCUAGGCGACAUCUGUGUGUCGGCCAGGACAGGAUCAGGCAAAACACUCGCAUAUCUCCUUCCAAUCGUCGCGGCAUUGAAAGAUCGAGCGGUUACAACACUGUCUGCAAUUGUCAUAGUUCCAUCCAGACAAUUGGUUGAUCAGGUGGUCAAAGUUGCCGAGGAGCUGUGCGUCGGAACAAGGCUAAAGGUUGCAGCCGCACAAGGCAGUGUGCCUCUCACAACGGAACAGAAUAUGCUCGUGCGGAUACGGCAGCAAUAUGAUCCAAGGCGGUCGAAGGAGCGACAGGGAAAAGCUAACCCCAAGUCGAACUUGGGUUUCACCCAGCGAGGUAGCAUUCGCGACCAUCUUGCGGUUAUGGCCCCUGACCAUGUACCAAAGUAUGAAUCGAGUGUUGAUAUCCUCGUUUGUACUCCGGGUCGUCUUGUGGAGCAUAUCGAAGCAACUGAUGGCUUUUCACUCCAUUCAGUUCGCUGGCUGGUCAUUGAUGAGGCUGAUCAGCUCUUGAAUCAAAAUUUCCAAGGCUGGUCAAACGUAGUCAUGGAUGCGUUAGAACGAGACACAUCUAGUUACUCUACAGACGAUUCUGCGUCCCGUCAUCUCCGUCCGGAGUCUAUCAUAUCUCUCGCCUUACCAAAGCGAAGGCAAAUUACCAAGGUUAUAUUGAGUGCAACCAUGAAGAAAGAUCUGACGAAGCUGGGCACGCUCAGAUUAAGGCGGCCGAAGCUUGUCGUUGUGGAAAAUGAUCUCGAUGAACAACGACUAUCUGCGGCGGAUGGCGAUGUGUUCGAGCUGCCAACAACUCUCGAUGAAUUCGGCCUACCAGUCUCGGAUGGAUCCAAAAAGCCUUUGUAUCUCCUCUAUCUAUUGCUUUAUCAUAUCUUCAGCGAAGAUGGUUCCAACAAUGAAUCUAAGGAUACCUCAGAGUCCGAUUCCAAUGCGGAGUCAGGUUCGAACCAACCGGGCCUAGGUGCUACCCUGGCGAGACAUUCAAGUCGCGUUUUGAUUUUCACCAAGAGCAACGAGAACGCCUCGAGGCUUUUACAUCUACUAAGCUUCCUUGAGCCACCACUGGUACCAUACAUGAAAGCAAUGGCGCCGUCAGCUACAUCGAAAGCAUCACAGAAAAUACUCAGGUACUUUGCUCAGGGAAAAACCAAGAUUCUAGUGGCUUCCGAUGCAGCUUCGAGAGGACUAGACAUCCCUGACAUUACCCACGUCGUGAACUAUGACAUACCAUCGUCAAUUACAAGCUACGUUCAUCGUGUUGGGAGAACGGCAAGAGCAGGGAAGGCUGGUCAGGCCUGGACACUCGUGGCCAAGAAUGAAGCAGCGUGGUUCUGGAAAACUAUUGCAACUGGCGGUGUCGUUAAUCGAGGAGAAAGGAAGGUAACUCGACAAGAACUUAGCGAACGGGACGUGACUUGGGAUAGAAAGAGAAUGUACCAGGAAGCCCUCAGCAAGUUGCAAGGUGCCGUAGAAGAUGGUGGCGAAAUUGCGGCAUGA